UCAAGACUUUCUUCUAACAAGAGCUGUUGUCAUUGAGCGCAGACAUCAGCCACAAUGGAUGACUUGCAUAUGCCAUAUACCCAUGAAGACUACACCAUUGGAUGGGUCUGUGCAUUACCAAAGGAGCAGUCAGCUGCGAUAUUUAUGCUGGAAGAGAGACAUGAAGAUCUUCCCAACCCAUCAGGCGACCAUAAUGCAUACACGCUCGGAAGUAUCGGCAAACAUAAAGUUGUCAUUGCUGGCCUGCCCAAGGGCAGAGUUGGCAUUCACAGCGCAGCAACAGUUGCAACCCGGAUGGUAUCAACUUUCCCCAACAUACGAGUCGGCCUAAUGGUAGGAAUAGGUGGAGGCAUUCCGCAAAAGACUCGGCUUGGAGAUGUUGUCAUCAGCUGCCCCAGCGGUACAGAGCCGGGCGUCAUCCAGUGGGAUAUGGGAAAGGCAGAGGCCAAUGGCCAGUUCGUACGAACAGGGUCUCUGGCUCCUCCACCAACGGCCUUACUCACAGCACUAACGAAGUUCGAAGCCGACCAAAUUACAACACGAACUAAUAUGCUCAGCUAUCUAAAAAGCCUAGAGAGCAUACCCAACAUCCCAAAAAGCUUCCUCAGGCCUGACUCUCUCCAGGACGUCUUGUACGAGUCAAGUUAUAGCCAUAAGGAGGGAGACGAUUGUCGCCUUUGUGAUAAAGAAAGGGUGGUCCAAAGAAGCCCAAGAGAAGAUGAAAUGAUGAUUCAUUGCGGCUUGAUUGCGUCUGGCAACCAGGUGAUCAAGGACGCAAUUCUUCGCGAUAAGCUCUACAAGCAAUUCAACGACAACAUCCUUUGCAUUGAAAUGGAAGCCGCGGGACUAAUGAACGACUUCCCUUGCGUUGUUAUCCGAGGCAUUUGCGAUUAUGCAGAUUCGCAUAAAAACGAUAAAUGGCAGGAUUACGCAGCCGCAACAGCCGCAGCGUGUGCAAAGGCAUUACUAAAGGUGCUGCCCUCCAGUGAGGUUGAUAAACUUCAACGAGUGCAACUAACGAUAUCACCUGGCAUCAUGGAGGGUGCAAAGAGAUACUUAUCAUUCUGGCGAGGUGAAAAGAAGGACGUCUAUGAUCCAUCAGUAAUGGCUUCUCAAAAAGACAAAGCCGAUGUAGAGCUCCCACAGACGUCGUUGCCUGAAGUGUCCAAAUCGAGAGACACCAGCCCUGACGUGAAGUCGAGAGAUGCUGGUCCCUCCGAGAUGCCAACGCAGAUACAUGCUACCGACACAUCAGCACAGGCCGCUCCGACUGAGGUGUCAGCACAAACAAACUCUGAUAAGAUUUCCCAACCGGAAUCAGUUGAAACAUGGCUACGGGGAGCACCAUCGUCUUUAGCAACGAUGCUCCAACACGGGAAUGUGGAGGAUGCAGUGAGGCGUAUCUGCAUGGGUCUCAGCGAAAUGAUGGCUCCCCAAGGGAGAGAAAAUGGAACUCAAGGCUAUGUUACUGGCGGCGAAAAUAGCCAUAGAGACCAUGGCCGCAGUUUUGAAGGUGAAAGCAGCCACUAUACACCUGCAUCACCACCUGAGAGGAGUAAAAGUUGGGGCGAUACCCCAUCUAAAGGUUCUGCGCCAUUUCGAGAAGAAUAUAAGGGCUAUGCUUCUCAGCAAAGUCACCACUACGGCAAUAUUGGUUGGAAUUUCAACACAGCGCCAUAUCCUCCUCGAACUCCCUCACCUUUCCAACCAGAUUACAAAGUCUACAAUCACGAGCGGAGCCAAAGCUAUGCCAAUGACGGUACUAUUCCUCAUGCACCCCAAGGUUUGCCGAGGCCUCCUGCAUAUCCUCCCCGAUCGCCAUCACCUUUUCAAAACGAGUACAGGACUGCGAUUCCUGAACAGCCUCAUAAUUACGGCUAUAAUGAAUCUGUCCACAAAGCGCAAGCGCCUCCAAGUCUGCAUGUAUCUACUAAAUAUCCGAGCAACAGAUAUGAAGCUUCAGGCAAUGGGGUAAGAGACUACCCAUGGUCGCCUCCACAAUCGCCGAAAUCUCAACCAAAUAUGGGUCAGGAUCGCAAUAUAAGAAGGGUUAGCGAGCCGGUGACAAACUACGCUAUGAAUCCGCCAGCAUACAAUCCUGGAACUGAAGAGGAUGGUUUCUUCGGAUACAAAUAUGGGGCUUACUAUGCAGAGCCAAGCGCAAUCAAUCCUGAUGAGAGGCAGCGUAUUGCCCGUCAUAGCCGAGAUCGACAACCCUCGCCUGUGUUUGAGAAUACACCAGCAUAUGACCGAGUCGCUAGGAACAAUGAUGUUGUCUUGGGACAUCAACGUGCUCAACUCUCAGCACCAAUCCCUGUUCACCCUACCAAAGGGCUGCGAAGCGCUACUCCUAUUCCAAGCCAGCGCCCUCCUCUCAAAGCCAAGAGUACACCAGUACGUGAGCUAGCUACUAAAGAUAAUGAACGGAGCUUGGGGUACAGGAGGACUUGCUGUAACCCAGAGCCGAGCCUCGUGCUCCCUUCUGAGAGACGACGCAGCACUACUCCUAGUCAAGGUAGACAACCUCACAUGGUCACAAGCAACAGGGCUCCCUUGGAAUUGGAUUCUGGACCUUCUCAGCCUCAUUCUCGGCCGCCCUCCCGGGCCCAAGCUGUUCCACCUCAUGUCAUCAGAAACGUUCAGUCACAAAGGUUAUCAAAAAUACCACGACCGCUUCGGCCAUAAUGCGCCAUACCUCUUUAUUUGCCAAGGCCAGAAUAAACGUUAUUUGUAGCUUUAGAAUGACACAAGUAUUUUUUGUACUAACUGAGUGGGAUUUCGCCCCUGUAUAUAAUAAACGUGAGUGUAGGGUUAUAAAGUAGAUAGAGAGGAUUACUUGUAGAUUAAAAAACAGAAAAUUACAAUAUCAAGACCGAC